CGACGUGUUGAUACGCAGACUUCGGGCUAUAUGCCCCCGGGGGUACGUUUGGAUGCUGAGUCUCUCCGUGACUUGGCUACAUGGGCAGUGCCAUUCCACCCGUCUGAGAUCCUUCUCAGCUCCAAGAAACCGGAAGAUGCACUCGUCAAACGUCCUGAGAAGGUGCUUGUCAACAAUAGGCAGACGGCGUACUUCUUCAAGCCUUUCCCCCCAGGAGCAUUGACUGACGCGAGGACCGAGCUGGAGAGUUACAAGAGGAUAGCCAAGGCGGAGCUGCGGCCGAAUACACGCAUCUGUCGAUUGCAUGGUGUUGUGCAGAACGAAGAGGGUCUUCCAAUGGGCUUGUUACUAACUUACAUUAGCCACGAGCGAAAAACGUUAGAGUUGGCCGUACGUCCUGACACGUCACUCUCAAUGAGACAGCAUUGGGCAGACCAGGUCACGGAGACUCUCGCGGAUCUGCACAGAGCAGGGCUUGUCUGGGGAGAUGCUAAGGCUGAUAACGUCCUAAUCGAUACCGAGAAUAACGCAUGGAUUGUGGACUUUGGAGGGAGUUUUACUGAAGGGUGGGUUGACAAAGAGAUUGCUGGGACGGUAGAAGGGGAUUUGCAGGGUCUCGAAAAGAUUGUGUCUUUCGUAUUGACGAACUGGCUGCCAUAG